AUGGAGACUUGCAACUUUACGGGUGGUUCUGUCCCAUCCUUCUGGCUUGUCGGCUUCUCCAGCCUCCAGGAACACCAGUUCCUCCUCUUCUUCGUCUUCCUCGCCUUCUAUCUGCUCAUCCUCUCCAGCAACGUCACCGUCGUUGUGGCUGUAGCCACCGACGCCAAGCUCCACAAGCCCAUGUACUUCUUCCUGAUCAACCUUUCGGUCUUGGACGUCCUGCUGACCACCCUGACCAUCCCCCGGAUGCUGGCCAUGUUCUUGGUCGACGCCAAGCGGGUCUCCUCCAAGGGGUGCUUCUUGCAGAUGUACCUCUUCCACGGGCUGGCGGUGACGGAGACCUUCCUCCUGGUGGUGAUGUCCUACGACCGCUACGAGGCCAUCUGCCACCCCUUGCACUACGCGGUACGGAUGACCAAGCGGAGGAACCUACGGCUGGCUGCGGGGGCGUGGCUCUGCGCGCUGCUAGUCCCCAUCCAGCCAGUGGUCCAGUCCUCCCAGCUGACCUUCGGCGAGACGCCCAGGAUCAACCACUGCUUCUGCGACCACUUGGCGGUGGUCCAGGCUGCGUGCCAAAAUGCCCACACCACGUUCCAGAGUUUCCUGGGCUUUACCAUUUCGAUGGCCGUGGCCUUCGGCCCGCUGCUCCUGGUGGUCCUCUCCUAUGCCUGCAUCAUGGUCUCCAUCCUGCGGAUCAAGUCCAAGGAAGGCCGCAGGAAGGCCUUCUCCACUUGCUUCUCCCACCUGGCGGUGGUCACCAUCUACUACUCCUCCAUUGCUCUGGCCUUUCUCUCCUACCGCGUCCAGAUGCCCGGCGACAUCCACAUUCUGAGCGACAUGACUUUUGCCAUUUUAACCCCUUUGGUCAACCCUCUGAUUUAUACUCUGAGGAACAGGGACAUCAAGAGGGCAGUGGGACAGCUGAUUAGCCAAGAUAUCCAAGCCAACAUUCUUAUUAAUAGGGUCAUUAUAUUAUAG